AUGGACAAUUCUAAAUAUUACGGAUAUGCAGAUUUAGAAUGGGCCAUUGGAAUAAAUCGUUUUACUUUGGAGAUAAUUGGUUUGUGGCCUGACGAAAAAUUAAGCCGUCGACAGAAGUUCUUGGCAAAUCUGCGCGCUUUCAUCAUUUUUAUUACGUUGAUUCUCGUGCAUAUAAUACCUUCGAUAUUCUCAUUGAUAAGAGUUUGGGGCGAUAUGGUGGCAAUAAUAGAUAAUUUGCAAAUCACGCUACCCUUUUCAGUCUGUGCCACAAAAAUCAUCAUCAUGUGGCUUCGUAAAAAAGAUCUCGAAUCAAUCGUAAACAUGUUGGUGGCCGAUUGGAUUAAAACGAAGACUGAGGAAGAACGCGACAUCAUGAUAAGAAAGGCGAGAAUUGCAAGAACGCUUAUCAUAUUUGGCUGCAUCAUGAUGGUCUUCGCGAUAUUUAUUCUCGUCAUCCCGCCGUGCUUCGGGUACUACAUGAGAUACCUGACAAACAUAACGGACCCGGGGAAACCAUUGUUAUUGCAAACGUAUUAUUUGCGUGACAUGACGGUGAGCCCGUAUUUUGAGAUCACAUUUGUCGCUCAAGCCAUGACCAUCAUACUGGCCGCGUUCACUUACACGGGUAUCGAUAAUUUUCUGGCACUGCUCGUCUUUCAUAUCUGCGCCCAAAUGGAGAUCCUUAGAGACCAAUUGCUCAAUAUAAAUGGAUUCAAGGAUUUCAACGUUGGAUUGUCAAUGAAUGUCCGGAAUCACAUACGUCUUAUCAGGUCUGUCGAUAUCAUUGACAAAACGUUCAAUUUAAUGCUCCUGGCAUUGUUAGUGUAUUUUGGUAUAUUGUUUUGUCUUCAAGGCUUUCUGAUCAUUAGCAUGAUUGAUGAUGGUGGCAACGUCUCUUUUGUACGAAUAUGUUGGCUCGUGUCAGUACUCAUUAAUACGUUCGUUCACAUGUGCGUUUAUUGCGUGGUCGGUGAAAUUCUCAUUGAAAAAUGUGAAGGUAUAUGUUAUGCGGCAUAUGAUUAUGCAUGGUAUACGUUGAAACCGAAUGAGGCCAGAAGUCUGAUGUUGAUAAUGAUUCGCGCCGAAAGACCUCUCUAUAUUACCGCCGGAAAAAUAUUUCCAAUGACGUUAUCCUUGUUUUGUAGCUUAAUCAAGACAUCAGCUGGUUAUAUAUCCGUACUGCUCGCUAAUCGAUGAUACUUGGACAUUGACUUGAACAAUCUUCGAUAGAAUCUCUUUUGAUAAAGCAAUAAGAAUAC